AUUGCUUCCGUGUCAAUCCCCGGUGGGCACUAGAAUUGGACGAACGAGCGUCCAUACCACAUUCUUUCCUCCUUACGAUUUCAAGUUCCACUGGGUGGCUUUACUUCCGACGAAGAUGCACAAUCCUUUUCUAAUCGCCAGAUUCGUAUUUUUCUCGAUGCUCAUUUACUUCAGCCUAUUGAUUCUCGUGUUCGCGGCCUGGAAUGUACAUGCUACAAAUGGGCUAGGUGCAACCAUUUCUGGGUCUGCCACUUUGAUGCUUUUUAAUAGCUGCGCUACACUCGUUCUCAUUGCCCUUGCUAUGGCAGAGAUGGCUUUUCCACGCAUGAAAUUUGCUCACGUCAAGGCUGAGCUGCUCUGGACGACCGUGAUGAGCAUAUUCGAUAUCAGCGCUUCCAUUAGUCUCAUUGCCAAUGGACCUGUGAUGACAUGUCAACUUACGGCCAACUGGUCAGUCUGCGCAUCUUCAUCGCUUCUUGUUCCGACGACAUGGCUGAAGAGCUUUCUUAUUCUUGCGUACGUCUUCAGUCUGUUCGUGUCAGCAGUGACCCACUCGUAUGAACACUCGAGCAUCUGGAGCAAGUCCAUUUACACUAUCCCUUGGUUUCGUUCCACUAUUCCUCGGGCGUCGUUUGAUGGAGGCUCGUCCCACAUGGUUGCCGCCAAAUUGGGAUACAAUAACGACUCAUGGAGUCAAUAUCUCGGUGACAUUGCUUCCACAGCAGAUCGCAAACGCAAAGUAGCCGAGAAGGCGCACUGGGCUGAUAAAACCCAGAUUCGGCGGGGAGUUGACGAUCCAUUUGUGAAGCGCAAUGACAAUUCCACCUCAGCGAACUCGUCACGGAGAUCCAGCAAGGAGAUCAAUUCACCUACCUUUCAAUCACCCAGAACACCUCCGCUCCCCCCUAGAGCCGAGUCUCAACCACAAUCUAUCGGCUCCCGAUUUAUUGAACGAUUCCGCGAAUCUCGUGUUUUGGCCCGACCAGGUCAAUCGCAUUUCAGUAUGGAGUCUACCAUGACAUCUGGGGGUGCAUUUCCCCGCGACAUUGACGAUCAUGACAAGCCCAUACCACUCCCUCGACUAUCGGAGUGGAUGAGAGCGGAUGCUAAGAAAGGCAUCACGAUCAUGAAGAGCUACUGAGCUCGAGGGACUUUGCCUUUUCACAUAGACAGUCACGAACAUUGCCUACGCACCAUCUUUGUAGCCCUAUUAUCAUGUAUAUUAUGCAGGAAAUAUCAUAAUUCGGCUGACUCUGGCCCUUGAACAUUCCACCCCAGGCGUGCUCUGAGAUCUUUGUUCUCACGUCUGGCAAUUUCAAGCUCGGAUUUUAGGCUCUUGAGCUGUUGGCGUGUAUCCAGAAGAUCUUGGUCAUGUUCUUCUGAUAUUUCGCCGGCACCCACGGUUAUUCCUAUGACAGCGGCGUUGAGGUGAUGGGAGUGGAAG